GUCACAAUGCGCUCGUGUCCUCUCUUCAACCAUUUUGCAUCUGCAGCUUGUCUUCAAACUUGGCUCGGUUUUAGGAUAUGACGCCUAUGGUAUGGUCUUCAACGCCACAAAAGGAGAGAAUGUCUCCGAUAGGAUGGCAGUGAAGAAGUCGCGGGUUUCUCUACGCCGCAAACGCACGAUGCUUCAGCAUGGAGGCCGCAUAUUGCAGCUUUUGCAUGUCCAUGAGGCGAUUCCGACAGUGUUUGCCUAUGGCCGGUUCGAACAUUUCGAACAUCUUGCGAUGGCGCUGCUUGGCCCCAGCGUGAAGGACCUUUUGCCGCAUUCCACUGAAGACAAUCCUACCUGUUGCUAAUCAGAUGCCUUGGAACACAUACACUCGCACGGGAUCAUACAUCGCUCGUCGUUAUCAGACGGGAAUUCCCGCUCAGCCUAUCAUUGAGCGAAAACACAUAAUGGCUACACUUACCUGGGCCAGUCUCAAUGCACACUACGGAAUAGAUUUUUUCCGUCGUGAUGACCUCAAUUCCUUUGCAGACACUGUAUUAUUUCUUUUGAGAGGUGACCUACCGUGGCGCAAGGUCCUCAGCAAUCGAGGCACCGUUAUCGCUAACAUGUUGCAAGUCCGUGAACAGAAGAAGAUGUGGACUGGCAUCAAAUUAGCAGAAGGAUACUUCUCAGACUUUGACGAGCUCCUUGACUAUUCCCAUUCUUGGAGUUUUGAGGGUGGACGGGACUAUUCUCGUUUUUUGCGCAUGUUAACAAAUCUAUACUAUUACUACCGCUCUGGAUUCGCUGAUGAUGAUAUGCUCGAUUGGUCCCCGUCUCUGCCUGAACCUUCUCAGAAGAUCGACAUUCAAGGUCCGAUUGUUACCGCUGGUCAGAUGGUAUACGUAGAAGUCCUGGCUGAUCUCACAAUACAAGGCAUCCCGAAGCUGAAUGACUCGUACAUCUGGUAUGGCCCGUCCUCCUUGCGAGAUGAGUGGCUAUUCCGCCGAGGCCCUCUCUCCACCGUUCCAUCAGUGCGCAUCGCACGGUAUUUAGAUCAACUAGAGAAGAGCGAAUCUGCCGGAAUUCGUACUCCCUCAGCUUGGCAUAUUCCGGACGCAUACCGCUAUGCCUUUGCUGGGUUGAACUCAUUCAUUGGUGUUGAUGAUCAGCCUCUUCCCGCGGUUUACCAAGUCGAUUCCGAUAUGAUUAAGCUUCUGGAAGAUACAUUCACCGCCGCAGAGAAGCUCGAGAUGCAGAACGAAGAAGACGCGAAAGCGUGCGAGAGCAUUCGAGAAACGCAGGCUGCGCAGCAUGUUCCCCAUAUUCGCGCGUAUUACGCCUUUACGGGCCACAGCAUCGAAACAGCGCGUGAAGAGUGGUUUGGAACGCGCGGAUGGCUCGAUGGGCUCGUCCAAAUUGGCAGGUGUCGAGCUGCAGGCAAUGGGUGGGCAUGGACUGGGACUCCCGAGGCCGCUGUUGAUGCAGAAGGUGGAGGGUCUACAGAGGAAUUGUCUGACAGUUAUUACGGCUUCGAUCUCGCAGACUGGGAACUGCAAGGAGAGCAUGAUAUCUCCUUGACGUUGUCGAGUCGGGGGAGACGGAGAUGUUGGAUGCGCAGAUUCAGCGCAUCGAUGAGAUCAUAAAAAACUCAAUAAACGAUCCUCAUUAUUGGAAUGUUUCAUCGCUGUCCUCUACGUGACAGAAUGUAAUAAGCCGACGAGCUUGUUGGCGCAACGAAAAGCACCAUAGACU